AUGACGAAUCUGGCCAACCAGAUCUUGAAUGGCAUCUUCCAAAACGUGUGCAGAGGCCUCUUCGAGGACAACAAGUUGACAUGCUCCUUCCUCAUCGCCACGGCGCUGCAGCGUCACGCUGGCGAGAUCACAGCGAAGGAAUGGUCCUUGCUGCUGAGGGGCUUGGGUCUCCUGGACAUGACGCAGAAGCCACCGAACCCGGAUCCGGAUUUCUUCACCGAGAAGAUGUGGGACUAUGCUCUCCGGCUGCACUUGGGCAUGGAAGGAAUGGGCCAGGACCUCAGUUUCGAAGCAAGCUUGACUAAUAAUGUUCGCCAUGACACACCUCAUCUGCAGAAGCUGCCGGCAGACUACGACGGGGUCCAGUGGCUUCACUGUGAUGUGGGACGUCCCAAGGAGCUGAAUCAGCUGCACUACUUCCACUACCUCCUGCUUCUGAAGGCCAAGCAAACAAGUGCGACCUGGAACUUCCCCACUGGCCAGGGCCUGGCGCAGGAAAAGCUGCUCGUGGCGAUUCAAGAGCAUACCCGAAGGUGCCUCGGGGAGAACUUCAUCAUCUUCCCCACAGCCACAGUGGCGGAGCUCUACGCGGACUCGACACGCAGCACACCAAUUGUCUUUGUGUUGUCUACCGGUGCGGACCCGACAUCCAUGUUGCUGCGCUUUGCCCAGGAGCUGGACAUGGCCUCGACCAUGGGCGUGAUUUCCCUUGGCCAGGGCCAGGGGCCGAAGGCGAUAAAGAUGGUCGACGAGGCGUGCAAGAAGGGCACCUGGGUGCUCCUCCAGAAUUGCCAUCUGUACAAGACUUUCAUGCCGCAGCUGGAGAAGAUGUGUGAGACUCUCGAAGAGUCCAACAUGAUCCACAAGGACUUCCGGCUCUUCCUGACCAGCAUGCCAGCAGCAUAUUUCCCGGUGCCGGUGCUGCAGAACGGCAUCAAGCUCACUACUGAGCCACCCAAGGGCCUCCGUGCCAACGUGAUCCGAUCCUUCCUGCCGAUGACUGACGAACAGCUCGGCGACUCGGCGAAAGACAAGGAGUGGCGGAAGCUCCAGUUCGGUCUGAAGUUCUUCCACGCCGUCAUUCAGGAGAGGCGGAAAUUCGGUCCGCUGGGUUGGAAUAUCCGCUACGAGUUCAACGAUUCGGACCUGGAAACCUCCACCACGAUCACCCACAACAUGCUGGAGCUGGACGGACCCAUCCCAUGGGACACCCUCCUCUUCGUCAUCGGUCACAUCAACUACGGUGGCCGUGUCACAGACGACAACGACAGGAAGUGUCUCCUCGCCAUCCUGGAGAAAUACGUCACGCCCAAGAUCCUCGAGCCUGGCUACGCGUUCUCCGAGAGUGGCACCUACAGGUGCCCUGACAAUUCAGACACCGCCGAUGUGGAGUCCUGGCGUAAGUUUGUGGCCAGCUUCCCCCUGGCCGAGCAGCCGGAGGUCUUCGGAAUGCACGACAAUGCGAACAUCAGCUUCAUGAGUCAGGAGUCCGAGAAGGUCCUCAACACAGUUCUGUCGAUCCAACCCCGAGAGGCUGGUGGAGGCGGGGGCAAAAGCUCGGAAGAGAUUGUCCUUGAAAUCUCUGCGGACCAGGAGUCGCGAUUGCCUGAACGUCUGCACACAGAGAAUGCGCAUGCGGACAGCUUCGCCAUGAGUGAGGAGACCGGCUUGAUGACCUCCCUGGGGACUUGCCUCUCCCAGGAGAUGUCCCGCUUCAACCGCCUCCUACAACAGCUGGGAACCACAUUGAAGCAGCUACAAAAGGCAGUGAAGGGAAUCAUCGUCAUGACUGGUGAGCUGGACGACAUGUUCAACUCCCUUCUCAACAACGGUGUGCCAAACCUCUGGACGAAAGAUGGCAUCGGCUACCCUUGUCUCAAGCCCUUGAACUCCUGGUUCGAGGACAUGAUCCUCCGCUUUGACUUCUUCCGAGACUGGAUCGAAGGUGGUAUUCCUGUGGCCUACUGGAUCUCAUCCUUCUAUUUCCCUCAGGGCUUCCUGACCUCCGUCCUCCAGGGCUACUCGCGAAAAGAGAUGAUUCCGGUGGAUCAGCUGUCCUUUGAGUUCGUCAUGCAGGACACGUCUGAUCCUCAAGAGCUGGAUGGUGCCCCUGCAGAAGGGAUCUACAUCCACGGCCUCUUCAUGGACGGUGCCGCCUGGAACUUCGAAGACAUGACGAUUGAUGAUCAAGAGUUUGGCACCAUGUUCGUCAAGUCACCGGUCAUCAACUUCAUCCCCUGGAAGGACAAGAAGGCCAACAAUGAGAAGUACCGCUGCCCCAUCUACAAGACUUCCAUCCGUGCGGGUACCUUGUCAACCACCGGCCACUCCACAAACUUCGUGUUGGCCAUCGAGGUGGAGACGCUGAAUGACCCGGCCUACUGGACGCUCAAAGGCGCAGCCAUGCUGACCAUGCUGAACGACUGA